AUGAAGGCGAUCUGUCUCAGCCUUGUCGCCUUGUGCGUGCAGGCUGGAUUAGCUAUUCCUCAUGGUAGGUUCAAUGCGCUUCUGCGUCGAUCCGCGAACUCACCAUCACAAGAUCAUCACCAACAUCAGCAUCUUCAUGCCGCGCGUGCCCAAGUCACUCAAACCAACACCGUGGUCAGCGUGGUGACAGUCACAGCUUCGAACGCCGUCGUCUGGGUCGAUCAGUACGGAACUAUUAUCUCUACCGACUAUCAUGGUGGUCGACCCAGUGCUUCCACCACCAAUCCACCACCUUCUCAGAAAUCUGCAACACCGUCUCUCCCAGUCCCGUCAGCUUCUUCCAGCACACCCGUCUCCAUCUCAACACCUCAACCACCUGUCAACCAAGCAGCAGGCGAUGCUAUGCAAUUCAACCCUCAACAAGGCACUCGACCAGUUUCAACUACUCAAUUGGCUCCGCCCGCUUCUAGUGCCCCACCCGCAGCGCAGCAAUCCAGUGCGGCUGCUAGUAAUGGUGCACCAUCAACAUCUGGCGAGAAUAAAUUCUUUUCAGAUAUGGGUGGACUCGGCAUUUGUUACGAAUUGAUUGACAAUGGUUCCAAAUGCAAAUCCAGAGCGACCAUGGACUCGGAAUUCGGCUUCUUGAAAAGUCAAGGCUUCACCAAAGUUCGUGUUUACGACAUCGGCUGUCCUCUUGACGAUGUUGCAGGAGCAGCUAGUGCACAGGGCUUGGCUCUGAUCGCUGGUAUUAAUACUGUCAGUAAUGUUGCAGGUGACAUUGGGAAACUGAUCAGUCUUUUCGGAGGAAAUCUGGGCGCGGUUGACACUAUCGUUGUUGGUAACGAAGUCGUUAAUAGCAACCCUGGUCUGGUUCAAGCAGUUGUUGACGGCAUUGGAAUUGCACGUCAAUUGCUCUCAGCAGUCGGAUACAAAGGUCACGUCGUUACCGUGGAUACAUUCAUCGCUCAUUCGAACCAUGCUCAACUUUGUGCCGCCUCAGAUUAUUGUGCCGUCAAUGCCCAUGCUUUCUUCGACCCGAACACUGUUGCUAUUGGGGCAGGCGACUUUGUCCUUAACACUGCCAUCGGCAUGGUGAAAGCAGUCGCUAAUGGAAAGCCUAUUGUGAUUACUGAAUCCGGUUGGCCACACGCAGGAUCAACCAACGGCCAGGCUGUACCCUCUCGACAGAAUCAACAAGACGCGAUCGGUUCUCUCAAGGCCAAAGUUUUUGGCAGCGGAUAUGGGCUUUUCCUCUUUCAGGCGUACGAUGCACUCUACAAGCAGCCUGGUGGUUUAGGCGUAGAGCAGUUCUUCGGUAUCUACGACUGA